GUUACACGGCUACGUUAACGUACACAGCCCCCAAGCUAAAAGCUAACAAGCACUUUUCGAUGUUUUGACUUUUGUUUUCGCGUUUACUUUGUGUCUUUUUUUGUCAUACUAUCGGUGAGGCCUCUCUGUUUAUUUUACUUAAAUAAAAUGGUCGUUUUGACUGACAACAAUGAAGAACGGGAGUAUAUCCUGAUAGAGGAACGUAAUUGCAUCUCGCUGCCAUGUUCUCCCGCCAAGCGAGUGUCUCCUGCCAAGAAGAAGCAGUUCUACAUAAAUCAAGCCAUCCGUAACUCUGAACUCAUCCCACGUGCCAAAGGCAAGAAGAGCCUUCGUCGACAGGAAAACACACGCUAUCUUGACAAUCUCCUUGAGAAGGAUGAGUGCUCCAAAGAUGAUCUGGAGGUUUGCAGUAACCCCGCCAUCCCAUCCAUCUUCACUGAAGCCCGCACCAAUGGAACCUACAGAGAGCCGUGGAACGACUUCAUGAAUUGUUCUGGUGAGGAGCAGGAGAGGCUGCUCUCUCUGCUGGAGCAGGAGGAGGCCCGGAGGAAAACCACCAACCAGAUCCUCAAAGACCAAAGGAAUGUGUAUCCUGCCUUUGCUGCUCAGGGCUGCUUCCUAAGAAUCGAUCGGCGGCUUCGAGCGACUCUAAAGCGUAAACAAAUACCCAUGGGAACGCUGGAAGUUCUUGAAGAAAACCUCCUGAGCUUCUUCAAUGCUGAGCCUCAGUCUGUUUACACCACCGUCCUCAGCAGCAGCUUUGAGAGGCUGCUGCUUCACGCCAUCUGCCAGUACAUGGACCUCGUCUCUGCAAGCAUCAACUACAACGGGUCGCGUCGGACUGAAGUGGCGAACAAGCAGGAGGAGUUUCUGCCUCCUGACCUCCUGCUGUCUGCCUACCUGGAGCAGAUGCUGUAGUUCAUGAGAAGCACCGCCUGAACUGUCCAUCAAGUACAAACCCUCCGUCCCUUUCCUGGCUUUCCUCCUGAAGUAAAUGUUCCAUUAUUUUAUCAGCAACCAGUACAGACUGGUGUAGGUUUGUUAAUGUGUUGCGUGAAGCUGCAACCAAGAGCACAACCUGAAAACACGUCUGAGUAAUUCCCUUUAAGAAGCUCCUAACGUCUUGGCAGAAAACGUUAUGGAAAGUAAAAUUAGCCAUUUACCACCAGGUGAUGAGUUGGAUCAAAAGCUAAUUAAAAGCUGGAGUUUCACAGCUAAAGAGCCUCCACAGUACGUUACUUUAAACAUGUUAGUUUAGCUCCAGUAUGUCCAGUUUGAGCCUCCCUUUGCUGUGGUCUGACUCUAAAGACGACCACGGUGCGGGGAGACUUUGCACCACCUGUCUGCUUUGUAAACAGCCCGCAGUGUCCAUGAACUCGUUUUCUACUGCCGCUCCACUUUUACAAUCGCUAACUGGUAUUUAUGAACAUUACAAACAAGGUUUGUACUUGAUUUUUGUAGAACAUCGUCGAUGACAACAGUUUAUAACUUUGAAAAAAUGGCAAACAAUUAAAAAAAGGUUGAUAAAAUGAUUGAAAACUGAGAUUGUGAACGCAGCUCUUUCGUUCCCGUCUUUCAAACUGAGACGCCUCACACGCCGAGUUUUUUAAAAACGUCCCAGUCUGACACAUGGAAAUGGUUUGGUCCAAAACCGCAGACAAAGGUUUGGGAUUUUUCCCUCUGGACCAAUGAGGAUGACGCUGUAAGACCAGAUUUUCUUUCUAUGAAUCUGGUUCUAAGGAAAAGAACUGGUUCUGAGCUCAGACCUUCUCCUGACCCACCACUAGACCCAUUUUGAUUGACACUGCAGUGAUUUAUGGGUAUUUUCAUGGAGCUUUGUGGCUCGUUCUUAAAUAAUAGAUUAACUAUAAACCCCCUAAAGUAGAAUGAGUUGUUUCCUCAUAAAUAAAAAAUAUUUCAUAAAUAACGCGUUGUAUUUCCUAAAAAUAGAAAAUUAUAACCCGAGUCUAAACGUUCAUGUACAAGGAAGGCAGAAAGUAUCAACAGCUUCACUUUUUCCACAUUUUCUCGUUACAGCCUUAUUCUAAAAAUGGAAUAAACUCACGGUUCCCUAAAAGUCUACACACGAAACCCCAGAAUGUGGAAAAAGUUGUCGUAUAAGUAGGAUCAAAAGCUACGCCACACUUUUUGUGAUUCUUUCAUUCAAGUUGUGAAGCGUGUCCCGGUCAUUUAAACCGCUGCCAAACUUCACCCCUGGUUGACUUAACCCUUCAUUAACUAAACCACAGGAACAACAGAGACUGUAAAGUUGCUCUGUUGACGUGAGCGGUGCGAACAGCUGAAAAUCAUCACUGCCUGCAGGGUUCGUGUUCGUGACGCAUGAAUAUUAGUGACCUUCCUGUAAGAACGGAUACUCGGCAUAGACGAGGACUUAAAC